AUGCUGCGAAGUCUCAGGCAGAUGGAAGGACGAGUGGUAGGCCGGGCACUCAGGCUCCUCCGAAACCGGCUGCCUCGACUCCAAGCAGGAUCUCCCCAGGACAAUCCAGAGGAUGCUGUAAAGGAACCAGAAAGGGCCCAGGAGCACUCUCUGCCCAACUUUGCUGGGGGGCAGCACUUCUUUGAAUACCUUCUCGUGGUUUCUCUUAAAAAAAAGCGUUCAGGGGAUGAUUAUGAGCCCAUGAUCACCUACCAAUUUCCCAAGCGAGAGAAUCUACUCCGGGGCCAACAGGAGGAGGAGGAGCGGUUGCUCAAAGCCAUCCCCUUGUUCUGCUUCCCAGAUGGCAAUGAGUGGGCACUACUCACUGAAGAUUCCAGGGAGACCUUCUCCUUCGUUCUGACCAAUGUGGAUGGGAGCAGAAAGAUUGGAUACUGCAGGCGCCUCCUGCCCGCCGGCCCGGGCCCUCACCUUCCCAAAGUGUACUGCAUCAUCAGCUGCAUCGGCUGCUUCGGCUUGUUCUCCAAGAUCCUGGAUGAAGUGGAGAAGAGGCAUCAGAUCUCCAUGGCUGUCAUCUACCCAUUCAUGCAGGGCCUCCGAGAGGCAGCCUUCCCUGCUCCUGGGAAGACGGUCACCCUCAAGAGCUUCAUCCCUGACUCAGGCACAGAGUUCAUCUCACUGACACGACCCUUGGACUCCCACCUAGAACAUGUGGAUUUUAGUUCUCUGUUGCACUGUCUCCGUUUUGAACAGAUUCUUCAGAUCUUUGCUUCUGCAGUGCUGGAAAGAAAAAUCAUCUUCCUGGCAGAAGGUCUCAGCACCCUGUCUCAGUGCAUCCAUGCUGCUGCCGCGUUGCUCUACCCCUUCAGCUGGGCACACACCUACAUCCCUGUUGUCCCUGAAAGCCUUCUGGCCACCGUCUGCUGUCCGACCCCCUUCAUGGUUGGAGUACAAAUGCGCCUUCUGCAGGAGGUUAUGGACAGCCCCAUGGAAGAGGUCCUGUUGGUGAAUCUUUGUGAAGGAACCUUCUUAAUGUCAGUUGGUGACGAAAGAGACAUCCUACCACCGAAGCUUCAGGAUGACCUCUUAGACUCUCUUAGUCAGGGGACCAAUGAGUUAAAGACUUCAGAACAAAUCAAUGAACAUGUUUCAGGCCCUUUCGUGCAGUUCUUUGUCAAGACUGUGGGCCACUAUGCUUCCUAUAUCAAGUGGGAUGCAAAUGGGCAAGGCCACUUUCAAGAACGGUCCUUUUGUAAGGCUCUGACCUCCAAGACCAACCGCCGAUUUGUGAAGAAGUUUGUGAAGACACAGCUCUUUUCCCUUUUUAUCCAAGAAGCUGAGAAGAGCAAGAAUCCUCCUGCAGGCUAUUUCCAGCAGAAAAUACUUGAAUAUGAGGAACAGAAGAAACAGAAAAAACCAAGGGAAAAGACUGUGAAAUAAAAGCUGUGGUGAACAGGAGUGACUAGACCUACAGGCCAGUUCUGGACUUUGGCCCUUGCCAGUGUGGCAGGAUCAGCGAAGCUCUCAGUCCCCAGAAUCCACAGCCUCUCUCCGGAGUCCUGGUGACCAGGUCUUGCUUCAAACUGGUGUCUGAGUUCGGGAUCCCUGGUAACAGCUUUCUCAGGACUUUGGAGGGCUCUAACUCCAUGCUCACAGAACUGUGUUCUAAGCUGUGUCAGAGGUGACACAGAGUGGGAAACAGUAGUACAAGUGUUGUAGAUGCUUGGUUAGAAGUUGCUGCAACUGCCUUCUUUCAGGAACCACUAUUAUAA